UGCCGAGCUUUUGCAGGAUGUGGAGAGGCUUUGGAAGAUGGAUACCUUGCCAUAUCAAAGCAGUAGACUGGCUAUGCGGUCGAAGCAGGAUAGAGAAGCCGUGGAGCUGUUGGAAGCCAAGACUCAAGACUCAAGACUCAAGAGUGCAAGUUGGAAACAUUCUUAGAUAUGCAACGCCGUUGUUACGGAAGCCGAAUGUUCCCCCCCUUAGAGCGCCUAUCAAAGCCGUCCUACCUAAUCUCCGGAGUCUUGAGAGACGUUUGGGUCAAGACCCAUUACGUGCCCAGGAGCACAGUGCAGCGAUCCACAAGUUAGUGGAAGGUGGAGCAGUCAAGGAAGUUGACCCCAAAGAGACCUCUACUACAGAUGAGUCGUGGUACAUUCCACACCAUGUUGUGAGCCACAACGGGAAGAAUCGGUUGGUCUUCAACUGUUCCUUCAAGUUCCAAGGUAUAAGUCUGAAUGACACCCUCCUUCCCGGUCCUACGCUGGGCCCCUCACUCCUGGGAGUCCUGUUGCGCUUUAGGGAACACGCGGUAGCAGUCAGUGGCGACAUUCGAGCAAUGUUCCAUCAGGUUCGACUCCUACCGGAGGAUAGGUCACUUCUUAGAUUCAUAUGCCGUGAUAUGAGACGGGAUGAAAGCCCUGACGUCUACGAGUGGCAAGUUCUACCCUUCGGUACUGCCUGCUCACCGUGCUGUGCCACUUUUGCUCUUCAGAUGCAUGCAAGAAAUCAUCCUGGGCCAGGAGGGGUAGUGACACAUUCAGUGGAACACUGCUUCUAUGUGGACAAUUGUCUCCAGAGUGUUCCCAACACAGACGAAGCCAAGGUGUUGGUUGACAGUCUCAGGUCAGUGUUAUCCUCUGGAGGGUUUGAGAUCAGGCAAUGGGCUUGCAAUAAGCCAGAAGUUCUUCAGCACCUACCAACAGAAGCAAGGUCAGAUAACAUGGAGGGAUGGCUUUCAAAGAAUGAGUCUGGGUUGUCAGAACCGAUCCUUGGGCUCAAUUGGCAGUGGGAGACAGACACCUUAGGCUACAAGAGCCGGACUCUACAGUACACAUCCCUAACCAUGAGAAAUGUCUAUAAAGUGGUCGCCAGACAAUACGACCCCCUGGGAUUUAUCGCACCCUACACAACUCGCACCAAGCUGAUUGUCCAAAGCAUGUGGGACAAACCGCGUGAUUGGGACGACCCCCUCUUACCCGCAGACUUGCAACGGGCGUGGAUGGAGUGGGAAUCAGAGUUGCCCUUGUUGUCGAGUAUUUCGCUGCCCAGACCUUAUACUCCCACUCAUGCCCAGCAGGAGAUCACCUCUCGGCAGAUUCACGUGUUUAGUGAUGCCUCCGAAAAGGCUUAUGGGUCAGUGUCUUACAUGAGGACAGAAGACACUCAGGGUAGAGUCUAUUUGGCUUUCAUAGCAGCCAGAUCCAGAGUAGCACCCCGCAAACAGCAUUCUGUUCCCCGUCUUGAACUUUGUGGUGCCUUGACAGCAGCUCAACUUGCCAAGACCAUCGAGAGAGAGCUGACCGUGAAGUUGGAUCAGAUUGUUCUUUGGAGUGACUCGACAACAGUGCUGACAUGGUUGCGGUCUGAGUCAUGCCGCUUCAAGGUGUUCGUGGGUACUCGUGUGGCAGAGAUCCAGGAGCUCACAGCAGGGUGUACCUGGCGCUAUGUAGACUCUGCACGGAACCCAGCCAACGAUGUCACCAGGGGAAAGACAUUAGCAGAACUAGUCAUGCCUAAUCGUUGUAGUCAAGGCCCAUCCUUCCUCCUUAAAGGACCUGCUGAAUGGCCAUACUCACCGGGAGAGGUGUCAGGACUUGAUACCUCAGAAUACAGGAAGCCAACUUCCUGUGGAGUGGUAUGCAGUGUGGAUGGAAAAGAAACCACUCUAGGCCAGUCAUUCUCAUCUUGGAAAGCUCUGGUAGAGGCAGUAGCAGAGGAGGCUCACGGGGCGGCUGACCUGAAGAAGCCCUUGUCUGCAGAGGACUAUCGGCAAGCAGAGUUGACGGUUUUCCGUAGAAGUCAAUCAGCGUGCUUUGCAGAGGAGCUGAGUCGUCUCAAAGCUGGAAGGUUGGCAUGUCGGAGUAGCCGGCUUCUUAUCCUCUCCCCAGAGCUAGACCCGGUCGAGGGAGUGAUUCGAGUAGGAGGUAGACUCCGACGUGCAGAGUUGCUGGACCCAGCGUUCAAACAUCCAAUUAUUUUGGACCCUUCAUAUUGGACAACUAAGCUGCUUAUCCAGGAUUAUGAUGCACGUUUGUGUCACCCAGGAACAGAGCGGGUCUUCGCAGAAAUACGGCGUCAGUUCUGGAUCCUCCGAGGUAGAGAAGCGAUUAAGAGGGUUCAGUAUCAAUGUCAAGAGUCCAGGAGAUGGAAAUCCAAGCCAUCAAUCCCGAAGAUGUCUGAUUUACCAGUAGCCCAUUUACGGUUAUACAAGCCAGCGUUCUACUCGACUGGAGUAGAUUGUUUUGGACCGUUCCAAGUCAAAUUGGGGAGGCGUUCAGAAAAAAGAUGGGGUAUCAUUUAUAAGUGCCUCACCACCCGAGCAGUGCACUUGGACCUCAUACACGGGAUGGAUGCCGACUCCUUUCUGAUGAGUCUCAGAAGAUUCAUUGCCCGCCGAGGGACUCCAGCGGAGCUCUACUCAGACCAGGGUACAAAUUUUAGAGGAGGCGAGAAGGAGCUCAGUGAAUGCUUCCGCAGUAUGUCCUCAGAUCUCAGACAACUUCUUGCCAAACAAAAGAUUGACUUCCAUUUCAAUCCUCCUGCCGCACCUCAUUUUGGGGGUACGUGGGAGCGGGAAAUCAAGUCUGUCAAGGCAGCUUUGUACACGGUCAUAGGAGUUCAGCCAAUCUCUGAAGAGGUACUGUACACCGUUCUUCUCGAAGUUGAGGCUAUCUUAAAUUCGAAGCCGCUGGGUUACACCUCGUCUGAUGUUGUUGACUUGGAUGCUAUAACCCCAAAUGUUCUCCUCAUGGGGCAGCCAGAUGGGGCACUGCCCCAAGUAGUGUAUCCUAAGAGUGAAGGACUGAGCAGACGAAGAUGGCGACAUUGCCAAGUUAUAGCGGAUCACUUCUAGGCCAGGUUCAUUCGGAGUUAUUUGCCAACCUUGCAGCACAGGCAGAAGUGGCAUGGAGCCCCAGAGGAUCUGACAGUGGGCUCAGUAGUUCUGUUGAUAGACCCACAGUUCCCCAGAGCACUCUGGCCCAUUGGUAGAGUGGUUGCAGUACAUUGUAGUGCAGAUGGUCACGUGAGGUCUGCGGAUAUCCAAGUCAAGGAUAAGGUUUAUACCAGACCUGCUGCCCGGCUGAUUACUCUUCCAACGAUACCUGACACUGAAGUGGAUGAGCAAUGCACUCUAGGUGCAACAGAUUUAACUUAGCCUUUUGCGGAGACAAAUUGCACACAAUUUGGGGGCGGCUGUGCAAAAGGCGAUAAAGAGAGCUACAGAGUGCUGCUGCAUUGAAUCUGUUGAGGACUUUGAUUUUGAAAUAUGUACAUCACGUAUCGGUGCGUGUGUGCGCAUACGUGCCGACGUCAGUAUGAACCAAUCGACAGUCUGUGUCUGUGACAUUUAGCGAUCGGUCUCUCCGCAUAACGAGUGCCAGAGAUGUUCAUUGUCAUUUAUCAGCCUCAGCUUGACUGUAUUUGUGCUGUGUGCGUCCUGUAGAAGAAUAAACCACACACUUCCACAAACUUGUAUGCAUAUGUCCUGCACAUAUCUAUAAUACAUCAAGCUCUCAUCCUUUGAUAAUCAUCCAGCCUGUCGUGAGUCAAACCAACUGCAUUAAAGAUCACACAGUGGAUAGCCUGUACAUUUGAUUCCAUUCUGGAUGGAUAUAACUUGCACUUGAUUCAGCUUCAUCAUCUCGAUGUUCUCUGAUGCUGCAAUUACAGAGAUUGAACAGAGCUAAGAAUAUUCAUCUAAUCUGAGUUUAUAAAGCAGCCCAUCGACUGAACAGAAUACCCAAACCUCUCAUCGUGAACAAGCUCAUAUUACAGUAUCCUGACAUUUGACCACUGCAGUUUAUGUAAAGGCUGUCUUCCUUCACCAAUGUUAAUCAUC